AUCGUGAGCACGCACGGAUACUCCUUGAAUCAGAUCAUUCUGUGGAAAUACCCGAGUAUGGCCAAGGUUGCCACUCUCACGGGGCAUACAUUUCGUGUGCUCU